AUGAAAUUACUCAAGAAUUAUAAUUUUGUUUUACGUUUUUUCCUACAUAAAAAAAAUCCUGUUAAUCUUUACUAUGCAAAGAAUGAUAUUAAAAUUUAUAGAGGUAUAGUCCGUACAAUUUCAAAUGGACCUCAAGGACCUGUACCACAAAUUCAAUUUGAUUCACUACCUGUGAAUCUAGAGGAACGACGAACAACAUACCUUAGUCGUAUGCAAAAUUAUCUCGAAUCAAACGAUCUCUCAUCUGUUAUUCAAGAGUUUAUAAAUUUAAAGAAUCAAAACAUCAUGCCAACUUUAGAUAUUUAUCACAUUCUUUUAAAAGCAUGUGCAAAAUCUUCUGAUUUACAAAGUGCUAUCCAAAUUAUAAAUCAAAUGUAUACAGAUUCACAACAAUCUUCUAUACCAACUAAAGAAACAUACAAGCAUUUUUUGAAAGUAGUUGAAGCAUCUUCGGAUCACUUACUAUCAAUAAACGUUUUAAAAUCAAUUACAAAUGGCCAAGUUCCUUUAGAUGCUUUAGGUUCCAAAACCCCAAGUUUAGCAGAUUUACGACCAAUUAAUGUGGAUAUAGAUUUAGAAUUAUGGAAAUUAGUAUUAAGAGCUAUGACCACAACACAUAAAAUUUAUACAACGCAAAAAAUGGAUUAUUUUGAUGAUGUAAAAGAAUUAUGUGAGACGUUUAUCGAAUCAUUUAGAGGUCCCUAUGACGAAGAAACUUGGAGAUUGAUCAUACGUGCGUUAGGAUCAUACCCUAAAGAAAAUGAUACAUUUAAAAUGAUGUUACAAAGACUUCAAGAUGAACAGUUAUUAUCUUCGACGUUGUACGCUGAUAUAAUAUGGGCUUUAUCACGAAAAUCAAAUAUACAACUAGCAAAAACAUUUUUAGAUCGACUUAUUUCAAGAUUUAAUUAUAUACCAUCACGUGAAUCUUUCUAUGCAAUGCUUUCUUACUAUGCGGAUUUAGGCAGAUUUAAAACUGUUUCAAAUUUAAUUAACAAGUACGCACCUUUGAUUAAAGACCCACAAUAUUUAGGGACAACGCAACAAAAUUCAAGUGAUUUAUGGGAAUUUAACUUUUCAACAGUCUUGAUGCAAGCUUAUGUUCAAGCACUCUCUAAACAUGUUUCGAGCAGAAAGCUAAAUGAUCAAAUUGAUGAUAUUUUGGAAGAUUCAAUGACCUCAAAAGUACUAAAAACCAAAGAGCAAUUGGAUUUUUCAAAUGAUGAUGAUUUUACGAAUAGCUCAUUUUAUUCUUCAUGGAAAGAAUUGGUUAACAGCCUUUCAAAACAAUCUUUUUCUACUCUAAACCUUGACUCUCCAAAAUUUCAUCGUGAUCAUUACGAUUUAAUAAUUAGAUUUAAUAUUUUUGCGAAUCAAAUUAAUCCUAAAGAGUUUCCAUUAGAUAAAAGUUUAGAAGUGUUAAAAGACAUGAGAGGUGAAGGAAUGGAACCGACUUUUGAAACAUAUCGAAUUCUUUUAGAAGGGUAUGCAAAAUCCCCAGAGUUUCAAGCUUUAGAUGAAAAAUCUGUUGGUUUAAGGGUCGAAAAAGCUUUGGAAAUUUUUGAUAUGAUUAAGUUAGCAGGAUAUGAUGUUGAUAGUAUUCAAGUUUUUCAACCAUUAUUAGAAUCAUGUUUACCUCAACUUAAUAAUAAUCAAAAAAUUGGUAAUUUAACUGAACAGCAAGAAAAGAAAAAAGAAUCAUAUGAUGAAAAUAUUUCGUUACUUCGUAGCUCUCUAACCCCUAAAAUCUUUGAAAUAGAACAAUUAAUGAAAAAUUUUAAGGUAAAACAUACACAAACCUCCACAAUUACAUUAUUUCAACAAUUAGCUUCAGUAGGUGACUACAAAAACAUGUGGAAACGAUGGACUAAACUUUCAUUGAUGGGAUACCGAAGAAAUGAGGAAUUAUAUGAAACAAUAUUAAGAUUAGCAUCAAGAGAUAAAAUCGAGUCUGAAUAUGCUAUAAAUGUUGUUAGACAUCAGAUGAAAAGGGAGAAUCCAGAGGUUAAGCCUACAAUUGGAAUUUGGAAAGAAUUGAUGGAAUGUUGUGUAAAAUAUGUUAAUAUUGUGAAUAACGUUGGAACUAGUAAAAAAUCCAAAGAAGAGGAUAUCAUAAAUUUUAAAUUACAAAUGUUAAUUUUAGAGACAUGUUUCAAACUACCAGAAUUACAUAAAGAAGGCGAAAAUAUGAUGAACCAAAUUUUAGAGACAAAAAGCAAAUUAAUCAAUUUUGAAUUCUGGGAAGUGGUUUUAAAUUAUUUGGUGAAGAACUUUUUAAUUGAUAAUUCAGAUGAUUUCAACAUUCACCAAACUUGGGAAAUGUUUAUAGAUUGGAGAAAUGAACAUUUCGGAUUUGAUAAAGAAUUGUCACGUGCAUUUUCUGUGUCUUAUUCUCCUACUCUCAUGGCAUCAUCAAAACC